CAGCUGGAGCUGAAGUACUGGACAAGUGGCAGCAGGAAACUUACAUCUGCAUUGUCUUCAUUGUCUCAUUGUAAUUUCAAAUGUGUGGAAUAUGCUACGAAAAUUGGCAACGAGUUUCCAGUGGGUGAAGGAAUUAAGUUGGGAAGCUGCAGACCAUUAAAGUGAUGAGUUUAAUGUGUGGUGUCAUCCUAUGUGCAGAACAUUUUAUCUGACAUUUUUCAGCAGCCCCAAACUUUUUGAUUUCCAAGGUGGAAGGGGUAGAUUCUUGGAUACUCCUGUGCCUACAAAAUAACCAAAAAUGAAGGAGGACAAUUGUUUACAUGCUGCCCUUAUCUGCCUGGGCAUGUUGUAUUACAGCCAUGCCAUAACUACAGAAAAACUGAACCACGCAAGGCCAUCGCUUCAUGGUCACCACGAAAAAGGAAAAGAAGGACAAGUUCUGCAUCGCUCAAAAAGAGGCUGGGUGUGGAAUCAGUUCUUUGUUAUAGAAGAGUACACAGGACCAGAUCCUGUACUAGUAGGAAGGCUUCAUUCAGAUAUUGAUUCUGGAGAUGGAAAUAUUAAAUACAUUCUCUCAGGUGAAGGAGCCGGAAUAAUUUUUGUUAUCGAUGACAAAUCAGGGAACAUCCAUGCAACAAAGACACUGGACCGGGAGGAGAGAGCUCAGUACACUCUGACGGCACAAGCUGUAGAUAGGAACACUAACAGACCUUUGGAACCCCCUUCUGAAUUCAUUGUUAAAGUUCAAGAUAUAAAUGACAACCCACCUGAGUUUCUUCAUGAAAACUACCAUGCCAAUGUGCCAGAGAGAUCAAAUGUAGGUACAUCAGUUAUUCAGGUAACAGCUUCAGAUGCUGAUGAUCCUACCUAUGGGAACAGUGCCAAAUUGGUUUACAGUAUUCUUGAAGGUCAGCCGUACUUCUCAGUGGAAGCUCAAACAGGAAUUAUUCGAACUGCCCUUCCAAAUAUGGACAGAGAAGCUAAGGAAGAGUAUCACGUUGUAAUACAGGCAAAAGAUAUGGGAGGACACAUGGGAGGCCUUUCAGGGACAACCAAAGUGACAAUUACACUCACAGAUGUUAACGACAACCCACCAAAGUUCCCACAGAGUGUGUACCAGAUGUCAGUGUCAGAAGCAGCUGUCCCAGGAGAAGAAGUAGGAAGAGUGAAGGCCAAAGAUCCAGACAUUGGGGAAAAUGGCUUAGUAGCUUACAGCAUCAUUGAUGGAGAUGGCAUGGAUAUGUUUGAAAUUACAACAGAUUAUGAGACUCAAGAAGGUGUUGUGAAGCUUAAGAAACUCUUAGAUUUUGAAACCAAAAAGUCCUACAGUCUGAAGGUAGAGGCAGCCAAUGUACAUAUUGAUCCUAAGUUCAUCAGCAAUGGGCCGUUCAAGGACACAGUCACAGUGAAGAUAUCAGUGGAAGAUGCUGAUGAGCCACCUGUAUUUUUAAAGCCAAGUUAUAUUUUUGAAGUACAAGAAAAUGCAGCAUCUGGUACUGUGGUUGGAAAAGUACAUGCCAAAGACCCUGAUGCUGCUAACAGUGCUAUACGAUAUUCAAUUGAUCGUCACACUGACCUUGAAAGAUAUUUUAUUAUUAAUGCAGAAGAUGGCAAUAUCAAGACAAUAAAAGCUUUGGAUAGGGAAGAAAUUGCUUGGCAUAAUAUCUCUGUCUUUGCAGUUGAAGUCCACAAACAACACCAGGAAGCCAAAGUUCCAGUUGCAAUUAAGGUUGUUGAUGUCAAUGACAAUGCUCCAAAAUUUGCAGCAGCCUACGAAGCAUUUGUCUGUGAGAAUGCUCAAAGCAACCAGCAAUUUAUUACAAUUAGUGCUGAUGACAAAGAUGACUCGGCCAAUGGACCAAGAUUUAUCUUCAGUUUACCACCUGAAAUUAUUCAAAAUCGAAAUUUUACACUCAGAGACAACAGAGAUAACACAGCAAGUGUUCUUGUUAGACGUGAAGGAUUUAGUCGCCAAAAGCAAGAUUUGUAUCUUCUUCCUAUUGUAAUAAGUGAUGGCGGACUGCCCCCUCUGAGCAGCACCAACACCCUCACCAUCCGGGUCUGCGGCUGUGACAGCAACGGCUCCUUGCUCUCCUGUAACGCCGAAGCCUACGUCCUCAAUGCUGGAUUAAGCACGGGAGCUUUAAUUGCCAUUCUAGCUUGCAUUGUGAUUUUAUUAGUCAUUGUAGUGUUGUUUGUAACACUGAAAAGACAGAAAAAAGAACCUCUGAUUGUCUUUGAAGAGGAAGAUGUCCGAGAGAACAUUAUUACUUACGAUGAUGAAGGUGGAGGAGAGGAAGACACUGAAGCUUUUGACAUAGCUACUUUGCAGAACCCUGAUGGCAUCAAUGGAUUUAUUCCUCGUAAAGACAUAAAACCUGAGUAUCAGUAUAUGCCAAGACCAGGGCUGCGGCCAGCUCCUAAUAGUGUUGACGUUGAUGAUUUCAUCAACACAAGAAUACAAGAGGCUGAUAAUGAUCCAACUGCUCCUCCUUAUGACUCUAUUCAGAUCUAUGGCUAUGAAGGAAGAGGCUCAGUGGCUGGUUCACUUAGCUCGUUAGAGUCAGCGACAACAGAUUCUGAUUUGGACUACGACUAUCUACAAAACUGGGGACCUCGGUUUAAGAAACUUGCAGACUUGUAUGGCUCCAAAGACACUUUCGAUGAUGAUUCUUAG